AAGGCAACAGAAAGCCCCUCGGCUCGGCAAUGCGUGCGGGCGGAGCGCUGCGCGGUGAAACCUUUAUUUUUGUACUGUUGUGGUUGGACGAAAUACACGAACCGGUUCGGAUUUUUCCCUCGCAGUAUUACUGGAUUUAUAAAGGCCUUUUCGAAAAUGUACGAACGUUGGGAUCCCCGGGGCGAUCGAGGAAGAUUGUCUCGAGACAAAAUGGGUAGCGCUGUCUAAUUGCUCGCUGGCGCUUUUCCGCCUUUGGGUAAGGAUUGUACUCGAACCAGCUUUUGGGAUUUUUUUGCAUUUGAAUCCAACUGCGCACCCCAGACGGAUCACGUGGACCCGGAGUUGAUCGAUUUGCACAAAUAUCCAUGAAAAGAUACACGGGAAAGCGAUAUUUGUUGCCCGGAUAGACUUUUCAAAGAAAACCAGCGGUUGGUUUGCUUGCCGGCGUUGUAGGCUACGUAGCACACGUCUAAAAUGGAGACGCACAUUUCGUGUCUCUUUCCGGAAAUUUUAGCCAUGAUUUUCAGUUACUUGGACGUGAGGGAUAAAGGUAGGGUGGCCCAAGUGUGCGCUGCUUGGAGGGACGCGUCUUACCACAAGUCGGUCUGGAGAGGGGUCGAAGCUAAGCUACAUUUAAGGAGGGCCAACCCUUCGCUGUUCCCCAGUCUCCAGGCCCGGGGAAUCCGGAGAGUGCAGAUUCUGAGCUUGCGGCGCAGCCUCAGCUACGUGAUACAGGGGAUGCCGAACAUCGAGAGCCUAAAUCUUAGCGGCUGCUACAACUUGACGGACAACGGCCUGGGACACGCUUUUGUGCAGGAGAUUCCUUCCUUGCGGGUACUGAACCUCAGCCUCUGUAAACAGAUCACGGACUCCAGCUUGGGUCGAAUCGCACAGUAUCUGAAAAACCUGGAGGUGUUGGAACUUGGCGGCUGCAGCAACAUCACCAACACGGGUCUGCUGCUCAUCGCCUGGGGACUGCACCGGCUGAAGAGCCUCAACCUCCGCAGCUGCCGGCAUGUGUCGGACGUCGGCAUCGGCCAUCUGGCUGGCAUGACGCGGAGCGCGGCCGAGGGGUGCCUUAACCUGGAGUACCUGACGUUACAGGACUGUCAGAAGCUAACGGACCUGUCCCUCAAACACACCUCCAAAGGCCUGACCAAGCUCAAAGUUCUCAAUUUGAGUUUUUGCGGCGGAAUAUCGGACGCGGGCAUGAUCCACCUGUCACCCAUGAGCAGCCUCUGGACCCUGAACCUCCGCUCCUGUGACAACAUCAGCGACACCGGCAUCAUGCACCUCGCCAUGGGCACGCUGAGGCUGUCGGGACUGGACGUGUCUUUCUGCGACAAGAUAGGCGACCAGAGCCUGGCCUACAUCGCGCAGGGCCUGUACCAGCUCAAGUCCUUGUCCCUGUGCUCCUGCCACAUAAGCGACGACGGGAUCAACAGGAUGGUCCGCCAGAUGCAUGAGCUUCGGACCCUCAACAUCGGCCAGUGCGUGCGGAUUACGGACAAAGGCCUGGAGCUGAUUGCGGACCACCUGACUCAGUUGACCGGGAUCGAUCUGUAUGGAUGUACUAAGAUCACGAAACGGGGCCUGGAGAGAAUCACCCAGCUCCCCUGCCUUAAAGUGUUAAACCUGGGGCUGUGGCAGAUGACGGAGAGUCACGCUGAAAAAGUCAGGUGAAAUUCCCAAGAUUUGGGAAGAGUAGGGAGCGAGUGGGCGGGGUUUCAUAAUUUUAAAAGAGUCGGUUUCACCGAACCUCACAGUUCCUGUCCAUAACACUGGAUGCCCCAUUGAAAGUGUGACAGAAAGAUGAAGAACUCUCUAGUGUCUGCCAGAACAAUGUCAUGUGAGUGGGAAGGCCUGCAUAUGUGGCACCAGCACCAGUAUAAUAGAGGUAGAAUACGACUGGAAACCACCGACUAACUCAACAAGGAAGUCAAAGGGAAGGCUACAGUCAGUUAGGAAGUUAGAUAAUGUCAAAGCUGUUUUAGUCCAGAGGUGGGUUAGUGACUGCAGGACAAAAACACGUUGUUUCCCACAUUCCAGCUUCGGUCCCACAGGCCGACCCCCAAUCACACCCAUGAGCCCGCGGGGUCAGAGGUCAGAGGUGAGGGGUUGUCAGAGCAACCAUGAGCGACCAGCUCACAAACCUGCUGUUUUUCUAUGCAAACGCUCCCAGGAGCAACCUCUCACUGCUGUGCCGACUAAUCGCAAGGGGUGCUCCCCACCCACCCAUACAUGCUUGCUUACAGGGACACUGAAAUCUGCCUCUUGAUGUCGGAGCAAAGGUGCGUUCAAGACGGUGAACUGUGUUUGCAACAAACAGUUACUGUUGAACGGUUUUAAAUGAAC